AUGUUGCCCAUACUAGGUCUUUGCAGCAGGGCGGGUUUAUCCUCGAGAGUACGGUUAUUAAGUGUCGAAGUUUUGCGCAAGUGUCAGAUGAGAACUUUAGUUCAUGUAAGAGAUUCCAGGCCCUUAUCAGUAGCAAGAGACACUCGCCCACGGUUAACGGUCAGAUGGCCACGAAUACUCUUCAAAGGGCGGGCAAAUCUAACAAUAAGAAGAAACUUUAACGAGAGGGGCGGAGGGCUCCCACAGGGGGGCGGUCCCAAAAUAAGAUAUUACAGGAUAUCAAUGGUACCGUUGUUGAUCUUCAGUACCGUUACUUUAAUGGUAUUUGUGAUUGUGCUCCCCGUUUUGCUCAAACUGUUCUUCCCGGUUAUACUUGUCGCGAUCAUCGUCUACCAAUUCAAGAAAUGGCAGAGAAAUCAGUUGUACAGUCGACUGAUGAAGUACCUGCCGAAGAGUGACCUGUAUACCACCAAGAGUCAGUUCAUGUCUCUACGGAGGAGUUUUGGUCUGCUGUCCAACGAAGCAGUUGUUGGCAAAAGCGUGGAGUUUACCAACUUCGUCAAGACACGGAUAAUGGAAGCGCUGGCAAAGGACACGAUGAAAAUACGUUCCACGCUAAUUAAACCCAGUUGGAUCCCAAAGAACGCUGCAGUGGAAGAGUAUCAAUUAACGAUUGGUUUGAACAGGGUUAAAAUGUUUGCGAAGGCGCUGCAGGGCCAAUCCAAAGCAGUAUUCAGCGUGGAAUACCCGUUAUUUUUCGUUACCAAAUUGGAGGAUCGAACUAAGCAAUCGCACUUGAUGGGGAAAGUUUGUCUGCAUUUCUUGUACGAUUACUCGUCAAUAUUGAAGAAUUCUGCAAAGAGUUUCGAUCCUGAAACACUGUUCAAACAGAUGAACGAUACAGAGUCGAAGGUACAGUACGUAAUAUCCGUCAUUCAAACCGGGACACUGUCGCCAAAACCUUUCAUCCUCUAUACCAGACAUGACUGA